UAAAAGACAACAGACAGUUUUGCGUGCAUGCGGUCCUUUCACCAACAUCUGAACAUUCCAUCAAAUUUGGGGGUAAAAAAAAAAAAUCAACAUGCUGCAAAAGGAGCCUAGUGAAGGACAGACCCCUCCAUCUAUCAGCCCCUCAUCCCUGACAAAAGCAUCACAUCAUGCAUCAUGAGAACAGAGGCAGAGACGUAAACGGUGCAGAAACUUUACCGUCUGGCAUCCAUCAUCUGCUAAUUCCUGACAGGAACAGUCUUUCAGUUCUCCUUGCUUGACUCACACUGUGGAAUGUCAUUGUUGACCCUCACACCCCCCGCAACAAAACACAUCAUUCUCUGAUCCUCCUGUCAUUUCUGUCAUAAUGUGUUCAAAUACAGAUAAACACCCCCGCUCAAUUUUUGACUGCAUUCACUUGCUUUCACAAUUUUUUUUGUGGGGGGGGGGGGCGUCACCCUUCACUUCUUUUCUGUCGCCUGUGUCCUGCGUCUUUUCUUUGUGUCGUUUCUCAGUAACAGGUUGAUCCAUGGCUCCUUGUCCAGACAUCCGUUAUUCCGGAUGUUUCCAAGGAACGUUGCCAAGCUGUGAGUGAUGAUGAUCCUCUCGACAGGAAAUCAGGAGACACAAACCUGUCUCAUUCUGUCACAUGGGAUGUAGCAGAGGCCUGGGCGUGAGGGCAAGUUGAACAGAAACAAUGACUGCAAAGCCCUGCUUGGAAAACUUCACUGCAUCAAGGAUUUGAGCCCAUCUGAUCGACUCGGUCUCCUGCUGGGCUCAUUGUGUUUUCUCUCAAGGUGCUCACCACCAUCAACAACCUUAAUCCUCCUCCUGAGCAAUCGGCCCCCAUUUGGGACUUGCCUCCCCUGCCGGGUCCCACACCCGGUACAACUCACACUGGCGCCUCGUGAGGUUCAGAAGGGCCCUCGCCUGAUUAUUAUUUAAGGAGAGUUGUGGGGCGGCUACUCCCACUCCCUUCCGUUCCAGUGGGGUGAGCGCUGGGUGCCUCACCUUCCGGUGAGACCCCACCUCCUUCCCCGCCGGCUGGUGGGCAUUUAGCCGCAUCUGGGGGGCCCAAGAGCCGGCGUUCCCCCCUGGCGCCACUCGGAGGCAUCCCACCAUGUGAGGAGCAACCUUAAUAAUCAUCAUCAUCAUCAUCCAUGUCCAUCAUGAGCACUGAGAGUGCAAACAGCACGGCAUCCUGGGCUAUUAUCAACACUUCCCUCGGCAGCCAUGCAGACGUGUCCAGUGUCAGCAACACAAGUGGCAUGGAAGCAUACCUUCAACAAUUAGCUCACUUGGACGAGGGACUUUACAAUGACUUCUAUGGACUUUGGAUAGCGCUCAUGAUCAUAAACUCUCUCAUUUUCCUGGUGGGCAUGGUGCUCAACACGUUGGCUCUUUACGUGUUCUGUUUCCGCACCAAGCAGAAGAGCACCUCUGUGAUCUACACCAUCAAUCUGGCCGUGACAGACCUGCUGGUCAAUCUCUCACUGCCGACCCGCAUCCUGCUUUACUACAGUGGAGGAGCUUGCCUCACCUGCUCUUACUUACACAUCUUCAGCUACUUUGUCAACAUGUAUUGCAGCAUCCUUUUCCUCACCUGCAUAUGCGUCGACCGCUACCUCGCCAUCGUGCAGGUGGAAGCAUCUCGCCGGUGGCGCAAUUCCGGUGUGGCCAAAUGUGUGUGUAUCUCUGUGUGGCUGUUCGCCAUUGUGGUCACCUACUCCUUCCUGUCUAUGGCUUUCCAACAUACUGGCUGCUGCCUCUCCAAGCUCCUCUUCCUCACCCUCACUGAGUUUUUUCUACCCCUUGUCGUCAUCGUUGUGUUCACACUGCGGAUUGUAUGGGCGCUUGCCGAUCAUCGCUUGAUGCAGCAAAGCAGGAAGAGACGCAGGAGGGCGGUCCAGCUACUGACCACAGUCUUAAUCAUCUUCACCGUAUGCUUCACACCGUUCCACGUACGACAGGUGGUGGUGUAUUUCUACCCUGAUAUGCCUCACCACGAGAUCGUCUACCAUUUGACCGUCACACUCAGCAGUCUGAAUAGCUGCAUGGAUCCUGUGGUAUACUGCUUUGUGACUAACAACUUCCAGGCAACUAUGAGGAAUAUUUUCCGGCGUGCAGAGGCAGAGCAAAGCAGCGGUGAUAUCAUCAGCAUGCAGCACAGUUCCAAGGCCUCAGGAGGGGAGGCUGCCACGGCCAUCCCUAGUAAUGUGAUCAUGAUGAGCAUGAUUCCCCCAUCACCACAGAAAAGCACUCAGAGGAUUCACAAAUUGUAACUCACUUGUGGAAUUUGCAGCAUCAACUGUGGGACGGACACCAAUUGGACAUCAAUGAACAGAAUUGAUAUAACAAUCACAAUUAAUCACGGGAAUGUUGAAGACUCACUUCUGGACUGACAUUUUGCAUUGCAGAAGGAAAUAAAGCGGCACAAGGACUUGU